CUUUCGUGCUUAGACCGGAGUAUAUAUAAUUUCUCUAGCUUUACACAAUAACCUGUGUGUUUUGGCGCCAUGAAAUGACUCACCCUCUCUUAAACGUUCUUAAUAAGUGCCAAUCUCUCAAAACCUUAAAAUCUAUCCAUGCCCAUCUCGUCAUCUCAGGCUCCCUCACCUCCUCCGACCUCGCUCUGAACAAACUUCUACGUCUCUAUGCGCGAUUUGGUUCCAUCUCUUACGCUCACAAACUGUUUGAUGAAAUCCCGGAACCAAAUACAUUUCUGUGGACAGCAUUGAUUCAUGGGUUCACUGAAGGUCACCAGUAUGAAAAUGCAUUUUCACUCUUUAUCAAUAUGCAUAGAGACUCCGUUGCGCCUUUGAAUUUCACUAUUGCGUCGGUGUUUAAGGCUUUGGCUAGGCUGGGGAGAGUCAAAGAUGCGGAGGUGGUAUAUGGGUUUGCAUUGAAAUGUGGGUUUGGGUUUGAUUUGAUAGUUCAAAAUUCGAUAAUUGAUUUGUUCAUGAGGUGUGGGGAAGUGGGUUUCGCAAGACGAAUAUUUGAUGAGAUGGAGGAAAGAGAUAUUGUUUCGUGGAAUUCAAUGAUAUUGGGUUAUGGAAAUAAUGGAUUAGUUGAUAUAGCACGGGAGCUUUUUAAUAGAAUGGAAAAGAGGAAUGUGAUCUCGUGGACUAGUAUAAUUCAGGGAUAUGUCAAGGCUGGGGAAAUGGUGGAGGCAAGGGUUCUUUUUGAGAGGAUGCCGGAAAAAGACUUGGCAUCAUGGAAGGUGAUGCUUUCUGGGUAUACGAGUGCUGGAAAUCUUGUUGCUGCUCGACAUCUUUUUGAAGUGAUGCCAAUUUAUGAUGUUGGAACGUGGAAUAUGAUGGUUUCGGGGUUCUGUAAAGCAGGGGAUUUAGAAGAUGCAAAAGUGUUCUUUGAAAAGAUGCAGGAAAGAAAUGUUGCAUCUUGGGUAAUGAUGAUGGAUGGGCAUGUUAAAGUUGGAGAUAUGGAAGGUGCUAGAUGUUUAUUUGAUCAGAUGCCUGAAAAGAACUUGGUUGCUUGGUCUACCAUGAUUGGAGGUUAUGCCAAAAAUGGGCAGCCUCGUAGUGCUUUGGAGUUGUACAUAUCCUUCAAGAAACAAAGCAUUAAGCCAGAUGAAACUUUUAUGUUGGGAAUAAUCUCAGCUUGUUCACAGUUAGGAGUUCUAGGUACAGCUGAAUCAGUCAUCCAUGACUUAAUUGGACCUCCUCUUUUUUCUAAUCUGCAACUACUCACCAGUUUGAUAGACAUGUAUGCAAAAUGUGGAAGCAUUGAGAGGGCUGUGAAAGUGUUUCAAAUGGUUGACCAUAAAGAUUUGCUUUGUUACAGCACAAUGAUAACAGCCUUUGCAAAUCACGGAUUAAGUGAAGAUGCCAUUUCUUUGUUUGGUGAGAUGCAAAAGGCAAACAUAAAACCUGAUGGAGUGACUUUUCUUGGGGUUUUGACUGCUUGUAACCAUGGCGGCCUUAUUUAUGAGGGCAGGAGGUUUUUCAAACAAAUGAUUGAUGAAUAUGGAAUUCAACCGUCAGAGAAGCACUAUGCUUGUUUUGUUGACAUUCUUGGUCGUGCCGGGUGCCUUGAAGAAGCACAUAGUAUCAUAUGCAGCAUGUCAAUUGUACCUAGUGCAGCCAUAUGGGGUGCUUUGCUUGCAGCUUGUAGGGUUCAUCACAAUGUUCUUUUGGCUGAAGUUGCAGCAGCUGAACUGUUCAAGAUUGAGCCACAUAAUUCUGGAAAUUAUGUUCUUUUAUGUAAUAUAUAUUCUGAUGCUGGACGAUGGGACGAUAUUGCUAAAGUGAGGACAAUGAUUAGGGAGAACCAAGUUAAAAAGAAUAGAGGUUCCAGCUGGAUUGAGUUGGGAUGUGUAGUCCAUGAGUUUUUCAUGGGAGAUAAUUCUCAUUUUGAUUCAGAAAUCAUUUACUUUAUCUUGGACUUGCUCAGCAAAGAUAUGAAGCUUUUGGGAUAUAGUAUGGACUCCAAAAAGGAGGCACCACUACUACAGCAGAUUGCAAGAUAGUUGACCAGACUGAAAUGUAAUAGAGGGAACAAUUAAAAUUUUUCUACCAGCAUAGAUGAAGAUUCAAAUAAGGGUCAACCUUGGAGAAGCUGUGAGUUUGCUUCAUUGUAACAUGAGGGUCAUUGAUUAAAACUACAUGAACAACUUCCUUGUAUUGUAAGGUGAAUGUUUCCUGGUUUUACAACCCCGCAAGUGCACGGAUCGUUAACAAAUAAUAAAGUGAUGAGUAGAGUAUUGUUCCCA